AUGUCGACUGGCGCAGUGGUAGGCUUCUGCAUUCUGACACGGAGCCUCGCCGUAGAUGAUGCUGCGCUAGGGCCGCCAGGGACGUGCCUCGUCCAGAGGAAGGCCGAACAGAUAGACAAAAGCAAGCUGCAGAAGCAGAUCCCAAAGAAUUUCCCGUGGGAUUUUCAUAACUAUCUUGCCGUGGGCUUUCACAAAAGUGGAAACCAGAUGAUGUUCGGAAUCAACUCGGCAGUUUGGGCUGCCUUUGGUCUACCGAAGGAUCGUUUGGGCUUUUGGGGAGACCCGUGCUACUCUGCAGGUGAAUGCUCCAACUGGGGUUCCUCCGUCCGGUUCUUGAUCGACAUGUACUCCAUGGAGAUGCAUGGGAGGGAGCUACAGAGAGCUGGGCAGAAGAGGAGCCUUCGGGUGGCUGGGCCCGUCCGGAACCCGCUGGUCAUGAUCGCUUCUGCCUACUGUUACCAUCACAGCGGUAAGGAGGAAAUGAACAGGAUGUUCUUUCCCCAGGGCAUCGUGGAGAGAAUGGGGCCCCAAGAGGGCGUUGCCUUCGUGGCCCAGCGCAUGAUGGGACUGGUAGAGAACAUGACUGGUUUUUAUGAGCAUCCCCGAAAUGACACCUUGCGCCUCAGCUACGAGAAUGCGACAGGAUCCUCAGAAGGCUUCGACAAGGAAGUGAAUCGGCUACUGGACUUUUGGUUCGAAGGUGUGCCAGCGAGCUCGGAACAACGAAAAAAUGCACUGGACUGGGCUGCCGUGGCAGAUUUGAAUCGGCACCCGGAGCCGAACUACACAGACCACACCAACGACGCUGGCUGCAUGAAGGUGGCGCAGCACACGGUUUUUUCCAUGCCCACCGGUUUGCUGCAGAUAUACCAGUCCUUCGCCCAAAGGCCAGAGCAGACAAAGAGGGUUCGCUUCGGAUGUCGACGCCUGUGCAAUAGGUGGAUGUUCCACCAUGUCCAAGACUUGAGAGGAAUGUCAUCAUCAGACUUUCAACCUGUGCAGGCAUCCAUGAAGCCUCAGUACAGUGUUUUCGACCAGUACUGGGAGACAGGCAUUUGCCAGGGCAUCGCUCGCAGCACGUGGUUUGACAACAUUACACUGUUCAUCGUUUUCCUGAACGCGGUGUGGAUGGCAGUAGACACGGACCUGAACCCGGCCGCAGUAUUGACGGAGGCGUCUGUGAUCUUCCUGGUGGCCGAGAACCUCUUUACUACCUUCUUUGUCGGAGAGCUGUCGAUCCGCUUCGGUGCGUUCCAACAGAAGAGAGAUUGCCUGCGAGACUUUUGGUUCGUCUUCGAUCUCUGCUUGGUGAUUCUGAUGAUCGCAGAGACGUGGAUUGUGCCGCUUAUCAUGCUGGCCUUGGAUGCCCGUCUCACUGCAGAGACGGGAACCGUGUCGAUGGUGAAGAUGGUUCGCCUGGUAAAGCUUCUGAAGCUUUCCCGGCUAGCACGACUUCUCCAAGCGUUCCCGGAGUUGCUGAUUAUCGUGAAGGGCCUCGGGUUUGCGGCUCGAUCCGUCUCUGUCUUCUUUGCUUUCACCGUGAUCAUCGUGUAUGUUUUCGCCGUGGCAUUGCGACAGAUCUUGGAUGGAGAGGAGCUCGGCGCGCUUUACUUCGGAUCUGCCGCUGGAUUGCACUUCCCGGUUCCCGGUUGGAACUUGAACUUCCGGCAGAGAUCUCAGAACAGAAGGGCGCAAGAAAGGUCGCCCCAAUACCAAGCAAGUGGAUGA